AUGGGCGCGCCGGCGGGCUCCCGGUGCGCGCGGGAUCCGUGCGGGCCGCUCUGCCUGCUCCUCACCUACCUGAGCGUGGCCUACGCCGACUACGUGGUGCUCGCGCACGUGCUGCUGCAGCCCGCCUUCCGGGGCAGCCCCUGGUGUCCCGUGCACGCCGUGGCCUUCAACGUGGUCGUGGCCCUGCUGCUCGCCUGCCACGCGCGCGCCGUCCUCGCCGACCCCGGCGUCGUCCCCCUCGCCGGCACCGCCAUGGACUUCUCCGAGCUGCGCAGCCUGCGCAAGGCCGAGCGGAGCAACGAGGACUGGACCGUGUGCAACCGCUGCGAGACCUACCGGCCGCCGCGCGCCCACCACUGCCGCGUGUGCCACCGCUGCGUGCGCCGCAUGGACCAUCACUGCCCCUGGAUCAACAACUGCGUGGGGGAGCUCAACCAGAAAUACUUCAUCCAGUUCCUCUUCUACACGGGCCUGGCCAGUGUCUACGCCGCGGGGCUGGUGCUGGCCGCCUGGCUGCGGCCGCCGGACGGCAGCGCGACGGUGACACCGGGAGACGUCCCCAGCGACCGCGUGCAGACGGCCCACUGCAUCGUCCUGCUGCUCGAGUCCGUCCUCUUCGGCGCCUUUGUCACCGCCAUAUUUUACGACCAGGUCACCUCCAUCAUCACGGAUGAGACGCCCCUGGAGCAGCUCCGCAAGCGGGUGCUGAAGGAGGCGGAUCGGGAGGCGCCGCCCCGGCGGAAGCCCAGGCUGGCCCUGCUGCGCGACGUGUUCGGGAGAGGCUUCGUGAUCUGCUGGUUCUUCCCCUGGAACUGCGGCGCGCCGGCGGGCACGGGCCCCGCUUACAGCUACCUGCCCGACUACGACGUGUGAAGCUGCAGCCGGCUUGGUGCUAGCGGGAGGGACGCUUGGUGACACCUCGAUGGCAGCUUCGCGGGGCUGCCGUGGCCACGCUGAGGCACCGCGGUGGGUGCUGCUCUGGGGCCUGUCCCCCCUGGGACAGGGUGAGCCCCGUGCCACCCCCCCAGGGAACAAUCUGCAGCACUGAGGCUGCCAGAGCCGCUCGAGGGGCGCGUGGCACCCAGAGCUGUCCCCUGGCGCCGCCAGGGCCCGUCACCCUGUGCGCUGCCGUUGGGCACAGCGGGCACCAAGCUGCAGGUGCUGCUGGGGACCCAAAGAAGGGGGUGCUGGCCCGGGCCGUCCCUUGGGGCUCUCGGGGACAGGUCAGGAGCGAGGCCCCAGCUCCCCGGGGCUGCGUGCGUCGACGGCAGCUC